AUGGCGAAAUGGACCUACUUGGCUUCAGUGGAGCUCCUCUCAACAAGGAAAAGAUUUAUCCCCAAUUAUAAAUGUGAUACUAAGGACUGGGCAGUAUCUGUUAUUGCAGGACCUAACUCUUACAUCUGUCCCUUCAUGGCAAAUGUUUUGAAUGUCUACAAGCUGCCCCAGCUGAUAUAUGGAUCUUCUCCUAUGAGAGAUUACCAGAUACAAGCUGCUUUCUUCCAUCGCUUUUUCCCAAAUGCUGAUCAACAGAUUGUGGGUAUUCUCCAGUUGCUGUUGUAUUUUAGGUGGACAUGGAUUGGGCUCUUUCUCCAAUGUAAUGAGAGUGGAGACAGAUUCGUUCAAAAUGCUGUUCCGUUGUUUUCCCAACAAGGUAUCUGCUUUCAGUUCAUGGGAGAGAUGCCCCAGCAAACAUUUUCUAAUGAUAUCACAGCAGUCUAUAAAGAUUUUAGCAAAAUGUACAUUACUAUCAUGAACAGCAGUACCAAUGUCAUUAUCCUACAUGGUGGAAACGAAGUUACCAUCAUUUUCAGAAUGUUGCCCUAUUAUAGAGAAUUUGAUGAUAUACCCAUCGAGAGAAAAGAUAAAGUUUAUAUAAUGCCAGCCCAGAUGGAGUUUUCAUCCCUUCCCUUUCAAAAAACUAGAGGUAUGGACUUUUUCCAUGGUGUUAUAACUUUUGAAGUUUCUUCCAAGGAGAUUUCUGGAUUUAAUAAAUUUCUUCAGAUGAGAAAUCCAACUUCAGAAGCAGAAGACCAUUUAAUGAGAGUGUUUUGGGAAGAGGCUUUUGAAUGUUCUUUUCCUAAAGAUAAUUUAGAUGAACAUGCUGGGAAGCUGUGUACUGGAGAAGAGAAAUUGGAGAAUCUACCUAAGUCUGUGUUUGACACCACCAUGACUGGACAAAGUUACAGUAUCUACAAUGCCGUUUAUGCUGUGGCACAUGCUUUACAAGUCAUGUUUUCUUCCAAACACAGAACAAGAGCAAAAGUUGGGAGAGAAAUGUCUUUGACUCAAAAGGCAUGGCAGGUUCAACCUCUUUCUGUUUGCAAUGACCAUUGCUAUUCUGGGUGGAGGAAGAUGAAAAUAGAAGGGAAGCCAUUUUGCUGUUAUGCUUGCCUUCCAUGUGCAAAAGGGAAAAUUUCAAAUGAGACGGAUGCGAUUGACUGCUUUCAAUGUUCAGAAGACCAAUUUCCAAACAAGGCUCAAAAUCUUUGUAUUCUAAAAACAACCACCUUCCUGUCUUACAAUGAGCCACUGGGAAUCACCUUGGCCAGUGUUAGUCUCUUCCUUUCUUUCAUCACAGCUUUGGUGCUGGGACUCUUCAUUAAAAAGUGGGACACUCCCAUUGUCAAAGCCAACAACAGGAGCCUCACCUAUAUUCUUCUCAUUGUUCUCCUGCUCUCGUUCCUUUGCAGUUUGCUCUUCGUUGGGCAACCUGACCAAGCAAAAUGUUUCAUGCGACAAGCUGCUUUUGGCAUCAUAUUCUCAGUAGCCCUUUCUUGCAUAUUAGGGAAAACGAUCCUUGUUGUUCUUGCUUUCAUGGCCACCAGGCCAGGUUCCAAAAUGAGGAAAUGGGUGGGGAAUAGGCUGGCUUUUUCUAUUGUCCUAUUUUGCUCCCUGGCACAAUUUACCAUUUGUACUGUGUGGCUGACAAUUUCUCCCCCAUUCCCAGUUUCUGACAUGUACUCCAUGGCUGAAGAAAUUGUUCUACAAUGUAAUGAAGGUUCAACCACAAUGUUUUAUACAGUGCUUGGCUUUCUGGGGUUCUUGACUACUGUCAGUUUCACUGUGGCCUUCCUAGCCAGGAAGUUACCAGAUAGCUUUAAUGAAGCCAAAUUUAUCACCUUCAGCAUGUUGGUCUUUUGUAGUGUCUGGAUAUCAUUUGUUCCAACUUAUUUGAGUACCAAGGGGAAAUACAUGGUGGCUGUGGAGAUCUUCUCCAUUUUGGCUUCAGCAGCUGGAUUACUGCUCUGCAUAUUUUCCCCCAAAUGCUACAUCAUUGUUCUGAGACCUAAUUUGAAUACAAAGGGACAGUUAAUAAAAAAAUAA